UCCCCUGGACCACAGAAAAAUAAAUAAGGCAAGAGGGAAGAUCGCUCCGAUGAUUGGUGAGCAUUUUUUUUCGAAGUGUGACUUUGUGUAAAGCACACCAGAACAUGGAGCAGAUUUCUUUGACCAAUCACAAUCCAGUUCUUCCAACCAAUCAAGAUGGAGCUUUCUUAGCUGUUCAAAAUGCAGUUCUACCUAACAGUCCAGACUUUGAAAUGGAAACAAUUUGUCCUGAUCUCGAGCACGAAAUUGACCCCACUCUUCUGGAUGAUAUUGAUCUAUAUUUAGAAUGCGACGACGAUGAUGUCAAUUUCACUGCUCCAAUUUCAAAAGACUAUAAAAAUGUCACUUUUAAAGUGAGUUUUUAUCCUGGAAGUGAAAACAAUGAAGCCAAUUCCCGGAAAAAGUUUGUGUGUCAAAUCUGCAAGGAGGAUUUCAAAAUGGAGACCAAGUUCAAAGUUCAUAUGGCUGAAUGCCACAGUGACAAAAAACCUUUCAUGUGUAAUAUUUGUUCCUACAGAGCUGCGUCAAUGAAACUACUAAAACAACAUUUUGUAAAAGUUCACAAGACCGAAAAUAGCUCAAAUGCAGAUUUUGAGAGUUUAACCAAUGUCAAUGGACCAAAAAUUAAAUUCAUUUGCAGCAAGUGUCCAUAUUCUACAACAAGGAAGGACAAACUUGUAAAACAUUUCAAUAAAAAUCACCGCCAAGCUGAGAAAUCAUUUUCCUGUGAUCAAUGUAACUUUGUGUGUAAACAAAAGAAGACUUUUUCAUUGCAUGUAAAGAAACACGAAGGAACGUCAUUGGAAUUGAUUUGUGAAAUAUGUGGGAAAGACUUUUUGACGAACACUCAAUUUAACAGACAUUACAAGACACAUAAAGAGGAGCGUCCAUUUAAAUGUAGCAUUCCUGGUUGUGAGAUGACUUUUAAAAUUAAAGGAGCAUCGACUGAUCAUAUGAAAUCUGUUCAUAGGUUUGAGAAACAGAAUCUUAAAUUUGUGGAUCAAACAAUUGUUCCUUCAGAUAGUGGUUUGAGUGAUCAACAGAAUCCCAUUAUAACCUAAAGCAAUCAUUUGGAACAAAGCUUCAAAAUCCAAGGGUCCUGCAAACAAAGCUGUGUACCAUCAAAAUCCAAGAGUCCUGCAAACAAGCUCUGUGUACCAUCAAAAUCUAAGGGUCUUGCAAACAAAGCUCUGUGUACCAUCAAAAUCCAAGGAUCCUGCAAACAAAGCUCUAUACUACCAAAAUCCAAGGGUACUUCAAGCAAAGCCCCAUGUGCAAGUUAUCAUCAACAAUCUACACAGUGUGUCACAUCUAUAUACGCCCAUAGAAUUUAUCAGAAGUCUUGUCUGAAAUCUGUUUUGGAAUCCUUAAAUCCUAAUAUCUCAGCACCGUUGUUUUUAUUAAAUGUCAGUUUUCAAUAAUGUAUGGAUGCGCUGCAUUCUGAAUACAGAACUUUUGUUCCAUUGGUCAGUUAUUGCUAAAGGGCUGUAGGGAGAAGUUGAUUCUAGCCAGAAAAACAUCCAGAGAUUUGUAGGUGGGACCCUUGGAGUUUGAAGAUGAACCUGUGAUAUCGUAUAUAUGCUAUUAUACUUUGGUGCUGUGUAAUACAAUCAGCUUGAGUCACUUGUAAUGUUGUAAUGAGUCGAGGACUCGAGGACAACAUGAAUAAUUCAGAAAUUAAAAGAAAAUGGAAACGGUGUA